GUGUCCCCAGGAAAGAGGGAUGCUGAACCAGAAGUUAUAAGGGGAUUGGUCAGGAUCAAACAGUUGCCAGGAAGUAAGAGCCACUCUCACUCCUGGACCAGGAUUUGGGAAGCUGAAGGAAACCAUCCCUCGGGGAUCAGAGCUAUGGGUCCAGUGCAUGCAGUGAGCCAGUAGUCCCGGGCAACCACCAUUCCACUUUUAUAAAGCUCACUGACCUGGUUGUUGGCUGCAUUCUUGGCUCAUGGAUUCAGGACAACUUUUGAGACAACUUUCAGAUCCUUCUCCAACAUGACAGCUUGCUCCAUCCAAGUGAGUAAGACAAAGUGCUGGGGUGAUGAGUUGGCGCAGAAGAGCAUCCCUGGUGUGCCCGUGAUGCAUCCAGCUGGUCUGAUUCAUCCCCCACUGCCGGUCUAGGAGACCGCUUUAAUCUUCACCAUGUUCCUCAGCGUGAGCGCCACUGAUAAAAUCUGUGAAGUUUGAACAAGCAGCCGUCCCAAGAUGUACCAAAUAUCUCAACUGAUGUCAACACCAGUAGCAAGUAAAUAUUCUUCCCAGUCGGAGAAAGAGUAUGCUGUAGAGCCGUCUCCCCCAUGCAUUCUCCCAAGCUCUGUCUGUGAUUUCCUCAAUGGUGACAGUCCCUUUGAGGGCCGCUCCGGAGAUCCCCUGACGGACUCCCCAUUCACCUGUCGACGAAGUCCCAGACUUCUCACCAACGGCUACUACAUCUGGACAGAAGACAGUUUUCUCUGCGACAAAGAUGGCAACAUAACCCUGAGCCCCUCCCAGACCAGGGUUCUCUACAAGGAGAACUUAGUCAGAAUAUUUAGAAAGAAAAGGAGAAUCCGCCGUUCUUUUUCUUCUCUCUUCAACCUCAGUGCCUCUGAAUCCUGGCUGCACGGAAGCAUCUUUGAUGAUGUUGACUCCUCCCCCAGUGAGGAUGUCUGGUUGGAGGGGGUCAGGAGGCUGGAAACAAACCACUGCAAAGAAAAUGGAGGUGAUUAUGACUGUUCUCUGACUGAUGACUGGGAGUCACAGAAGCUGAAUGCAGAGUCUGUGAAAGCCUCCUUUUCUGGCCCUGUUGCCUCUCAGAGACCCAGAGAAAACUCCUACAGCUUGUCUCCUCAGUCCCAGUGGACGGCUUCUGAACGUUUCCAGGAAGAGGCGUUGGAUCAUCCAAGAGCUGGCAUCAGCCUGCAACCAGGUGAUGCAUCCACCGAGGAGGUGACUGACCUGGAGGAGUCAUCUCAGAGAAACCAGUUUGUUACGAGAGGUCUCCUUUCAAGCAAUUCUGCUUGCUGCAUGCUUAAUCAUUUCUGCCUGUGCAAGGUGGUUUCUGGGAGGAAUCAUAGCCAGUGUCUUCUCGUGUUCCUUGGUGAUAAUCAUUGCUUAUGUAGUCAAGUCAUCCUUUUUCAGCCUUGCCAACUAUUUCAAAGCUACCACCUGCACUUGGUUUGCCAAAAUCUGACAACCAUUCAUGAGGGCCUCUGAUGAAUGUCUUCAAUCUGAAUAUCCAGAAAUUGUCUGAUUUGUGGUCUGCUUGGAAUCAACUGUUUAUUGGAGAAAGUGAACAAUUGGAUAAUUGAGGGAAAAAAAGGAUUUUUAUUUAGUUAUGUCAUUUUUUCCAAAAAAUCUGUUUGCCCUCACAAUGAUAGUAUGCUCCUGAAAAUAAUAUUAAUUUGUCUUUCCUUUGCAAACACUAGCAGUUGGAAGGGAAAGGACUGGGAAAUUAGACAGAGAACAAACCACCUGGAUGAAUGGUCUCCUAUUAUACCUUAUACCUUAAGGCAAUGGUUCUCAAACAUUAGUUUUUGUUAGAGAAGUCUAAGAGGAGCUUAUAACAAUGCAGGUUCCUGGACCUGCCUGUCUAUACCUGUCCUUUGAUGAACUGCUGCAGUUGAACAAAGAAAGGGAAUUUACAUAAUCAACACUGACUUGAAAGUAAAUAAAUGUGGUCUGUACAUAAAAUACAACGUAGAAAAAGUUUGCAGUUCUCCCCAAGGAAACCUUGUAAUUGAAGGUGGUGACAGUUGAUAAUGGUUGAUGGAAAACGGGCAGGAGAGAGCCAUUUUUUAGACAGUUCUUCUUUUGAACCAAUUUCUUUACCAAGUUUUCAAUCAUCUUGGGACUCAUGACUACUUUUCACUCUAAUUGAAAUUCAAGCAAAGAUACAACAACAACAAAAUCCUUUAGGGGCAAAAUAAAGGCAAAACACCAUAGUGCUUUAAAAUAUGUAAAAAAUGGUAUGGUUACACAUGCAAUAUAGAAGAUGUUCCCUCUCCAUCCCUCUUGCUUCAUAUAUAUUCGCAAAGCAAACAUGGCCUGCAAUUCAGAUUUACUUUGUAUGGUAUUCUUUAACUAGAAAUUUGUAUGGAGAAAAUUGCCUGUGUUUAAAAUGGUAAGGUCAAAAUAUCACUUUUUCUAUUGAUUGUACUUAGUGCAUUUUUUUUGUUGAAAAAGUAUUAUACUAAUAAAUAAAAGGAAUCAUCA